ACAUCAGUUUACAUGUAUUACAUAAAAGAAACACACUCAGGAAACACACUCAGGAACUCACACUGUAGGAGAGAGGCGCAGACAUAAACAGACAAAGUCAGUACUCAGAUAAAAUUAUUUGAAAUUGAACAGAACUAUUCUGUAAUCAAUUUAACACAAAGCUGUCACACCACUGAGCCUCACACACACACACACACACACACACACACCUGAAGUCCUACAUACAUAUAAGAGGAAUAUGACCGUUGUGUUAAUGGUGGGACCAGUGACUUGUGAUGGGAGCCAGUUCAUGGGCUGCUGUGAAUAAUAAAAAAAAUCGCAUGCGAGGAGUCGCCUGGAAAUAAUGUCUCCUCGCUGAUAGGUUGUUCGGCCACACCGCGCCACACUUGCGCAUGGAUUGGCCUACUGCUCUUUUUUCUCCCAGUUUCUCAUUGGCUUUUGGCUCACCGACAGUUCCCUGCCAUCAUUUGCCCGUGCACUUUUCAAUGAAUAUUGUAUGUGCACUCUGGAUUUUUUUUUUUUCUUUUGGAGAGAGGGGGGGCUGAUCAUUUGAAUCCGCGCGUCGCGACGAGGAAGGCACCCUGGAUGAGCAGCAGCGCACCAGAUGAUGGCAUUUCUCCCAGCAGAGACCGCGGCAGCUGCUCCUCUUCUCCCAGGACCGUGUCCCUCCGAAAUUAGAUAAGAGAGAAGAGCCAGAGGGAGAGUGUUUUACGCGGGGAAGAUGUUCUGCGCGAAGCUGAAGGAGCUGAAGAUCGCAGGAGAGUGUCCUUUCUCCAGCAGCGCCAAAAAUAAUCAUGAGCUCGGAGACUUUGAGGAGCGCUCGGCGGAUUUGCUGCCUAUUUCUAAGGACGUGCACGGAAAAUCAGGUGAGGAUCUACCUCAGCAGAAGAGCAGCAGAGCCAAAGUUAACCUGCAUACACUUGGGGAGAGCAUCCGCAAAUUGGCAUGUCCUGAGUUUCAAAGGCUGCACACUGCCCUGCAAGGAAUGAUGAGACUAUCAGAUCAAAUCAGGGACUCUGAAAGUCCAAUGAUCUGCUGUACGGACCAUCAGGGUUGCAGUGACAAACCAGAGCAUUUAGUGGAAAUGAUGAACAUGUACUCAGCCAAAACAGCAAUCCAGAUGGAAGCCGUGAGAGUGGCUCUUGGCGAGGAGCUCUUCAACAUGUGUUAUGAGGAGGACGGACACAUUUUGAGAGUGGUGGGGGGAGCCCUCCACGACUUCCUCAACAGCUUCAACGUCUUGUUGAAACAGAGCAGCCCGCUGCCCAACCCGGACAGAGAGGAUUGUGUAAACGAACCGUCGGUGCUGUGCUUAGACAAGGAUCUGGGUCUGCUUACUGUCUAUUUCUUCAAUCCCCGCCCAACCACUGAGCUCUUCUUCCCCGGAGUCAUCAAAGCUGCUGCCCGUCUGCUGUAUCACACCACUGUGGAUGUGUUGAUGGACCCCCCCGGUGCUAAAGACUGCAUCUUGCAGUCCAGCCCGCAGCCCAGUCUGCUGUACACAGUUGUAGUUAAGGAUGCUAAAAAUCUGAGCCCCAGUCCGCUGCGGGCGACCUCAGCUGGGACUCUUCCUACCUCGCUGUUCUCCACCAUCUUCCCUUUCCAUCUGAUCCUGGACCAGGACUUGGUCCUGGUACAAAUAGGACACGGGCUCAGGAAGAGACUGACCAGGAAGGAUGGACUGAGGCGGCCCGCCCACUUCCAGGAACACUUCUGUAUAGUUUCCCCUCAGAUCAAAUGCACCUUUCAAGGUAUUCUGACCAUGCUGAACACGCAGUUUAUCAUCCGGAUCAAGCAUGGCGCCUGCACCACAGAUAACACAGGGAAGCUCAUGGAUCUCAAAGGUCAGAUGAUCUACGUUUCAGAGUCUGACGCCAUCUUGUUCCUGGGCUCGCCAUGUGUGGACAAGCUGGAGGAGCUCACAGGUCGCGGCCUCUACUUGUCAGACAUCCCCAUUCACAACGCGCUGCGGGACGUAGUGCUUGUGGGUGAACAAGCCAAAGCCCAGGACGGUUUGAAGAAGCGUCUGGGGAAAGCCAAGGCGGCUUUGGAGCAUGCUCACCAAGCACUGGAGGAGGAGAAGAAGAGGACAGUGGACCUUCUCUUCUCCAUCUUCCCUGGCACUGUGGCACAGCAGCUGUGGCAGGGCCAGACGGUCCGGGCCAAGAAGUUUGAGCGGGUUACGAUGCUCUUCUCCGACAUCGUGGGCUUCACGGCUGUUUGCUCACGCUGCACCCCGAUGCAAGUGAUCACCAUGCUCAAUGAGUUGUACACCAGGUUUGACCACCACUGUGGAGAGCUCGAUGUUUAUAAGGUGGAGACCAUCGGUGAUGCGUACUGUGUAGCCGGUGGCUUACACAAGGAGAGCGAGACUCAUGCCCUCCAAAUAGCACUCAUGGCCUUAAAGAUGAUGGAACUUUCAGACGAAGUUAGGACGCCAACUGGAGAUCCAAUACAGAUGCGUAUCGGCCUCCACACCGGUUCAGUGCUGGCUGGUGUCGUCGGGGUGAGGAUGCCACGCUACUGCCUUUUUGGGAACAAUGUCACGCUGGCCAACAAGUUUGAAUCCUGCAGUCAACCAAGAAAAAUCAACAUCAGCCCGACAACCCACAGAUUGCUGAAGGAUCGCCCAGAGUUUGUCUUCGUUCCCAGGAGCAGACAGGAGCUUCCGGCCAACUUCCCAGAGGACAUCCCUGGUGUUUGUUACUUUUUGGAGGCCCCCUUCAAAACUUCAAAACUGACUCUGAAAUGAAGUCAAGCUGCCGUGGAGCCCGAGUAACACAUAAGAUCGGAGGAAACAUAAAUGUAUCCAGUGAACACAGUGCGAACACCUUGUAUAGUUUGGUUUGGGUUGUUUAGAUAUUGAUGAUAUUGUCUUUCAGUCAAACUCUCACAGCUGUUCAAUCACAGCGCUGUCAACAUGAGUCUCGUCUCUGUACAAUUAUCCAUUUGUACAACUGUAGCUUUUUCUCUGCAAAUUUAUUUGAUACAAAAACUGUCUUUCUGUCCAAAGACUCAUCAGAGAUCCAUACUUACAUUCACUGUCAAUCAGAGGUUUCAAGACUGUUUUGUUGAAACAUUCAUCACAACUAGUCAAUACUAGCUUCCUGCUUCUUGUGAAGACAUUUGAAUAUAUCAUCAUGAUGUCGAUAUGAUGCUGAAAUACAUUUUGGAUGUUGAUCCUGAAGAGUGGUUCAUUUCCAUAAAUAUCUGUCUGGUACGCUGACAUCUGUCCAAACUGGUACCUGCUAAAGCACCUUGGCCUGUUGGUAUGACUGAGGAGAUCAAAACUGAACUGGCUUUGUGUGUUUCAGUUUAGAUCAUGUGACAAAGAUUUUGGAAAAGCUGAAACAAAUGAUUAAGAUUUCAGAGAGCAGAUUCAGGUGCCUUAUAGGAAGUACACAGGCAGGAUUACAGAUGUUGAGACUUUCCCAAAAAAUGUGUUUAGUUAUAUUUACUUUGCUUUUUUCUAUUUAGAUGUGGUGGGACAUAAAAUGAUUUCUUCCGGAGGUUUGUGGCUCCAACGCAGUAUAUAUUUGUAAUAACAUGUAACUUAGACUUCCAUUUAUUAGACAUUAAGCAUUCCAAGAUUACAUUUUCCUAAUAUGAGUAAUGUAAAUGUAUUUUUUACUUUUUUUCCACUGUACACAUGUUUAUACUUUAUUUAUUACAUUGGUUUUGUUGCACUUCUUUCCUAUACAGCAGGAAUAUGACACAACAAGAAUAUAAUGAAUGUUCUGCCAUCACUCAUAAUAACGUGCUUUUAUCAUUAAUGUAAUGUUAUUAAAGCACAAUAAACAGUGACAUU